CCUUCACAGAUAACACGAUUGAUGGCCAGGGAGAAUCAUACCAUGGUGACAGAGUUCUUCUUCUCUAUUUUUCCGCAUUUGAAUGAAGGUGGCCUGUUGUUUUUUAUUCCCUUGCUUUUCAUCUAUGGAUUCAUCCUUACUGGUAACCUAAUGAUAUUUAUUGCCAUUCAACUGGACAUAACUCUUCACACGCCAAUGUAUUUCUUCAUCAGUGUCCUCUCCUUCCUAGAGGUCUGGUAUACUACAACCACGAUCCCCAAGAUGCUCUCCAACCUAGUCAGUGAGCAGAAAACCAUCUCUCUGGUUGGUUGCCUCCUGCAGAUGUAUUUCUUCCACUCCCUUGGCAUCACAGAAGGCUGUAUCCUGACAUCAAUGGCCAUUGACAGGUACAUAGCUAUCUGCAAUCCUCUUCGCUACCCAACCAUCAUGACUCCCAGGUUAUGUAUUCUGCUGACAGUUGGCUCUUGCCUCUGUGGUUUCCUCCUUGUGCUCCCUGAGAUUGCAUGGAUUGCUACCUUGCCUUUCUGUGGCUCCAACCAGAUCCAGCAGAUCUUCUGUGACUUCACUCCAGUGCUUAGAUUGGCCUGCACGGACACAUCUCUGGUGGUCAUUGUGGAUGCUGUUCAUGCGGUGGAGAUCCUGGCCUCAUUCCUGGUCAUUGCUCUAUCUUACAUUCGAAUCAUCGUGGUCAUCCUGGGGAUGCCCUCAGCAGAGGGUCGUCACAAAGCCUUUUCUACUUGUGCCGCUCAUCUUGCUGUGUUUCUGCUAUUUUUUGGCAGUGUGGCUGUCAUGUAUCUGCGAUUCUCGGCCACCUACUCAGUGUUCUGGGAUACCACAAUUGCUGUUACUUUUGUUAUCCUCGCUCCUUUCCUCAACCCCCUCAUCUAUAGUCUGAGAAACAAGGACAUGAAAGAUGCUAUUAGGAAGCUUUUUUAUUCUCAAAAGAGAGCCAGAGAGGCUAGAAGAUAG